AUGUGGCUAGCUUUCGCCACCUUCUCUCAACUCACAGAGGCCAAUUCCGGUUCAUGGUCUGGUACUAAUAAUUAUUUCCUGCAAGCCAUGUCAGACUCUGCUCAGGAUGCCUAUAUCCAGACCCUGUCAUCCUACAACGUUAAGGUUGUCAGGCUCUGGGUCAACCAGGCUAACAAGGGCUGUAACAAAGGAAGCCAACUUGUCAAGGAUAUCCCACAAUUGGAAACCACUAUUGGAAAAUACAACAAUCAAACUUUGGAUGAGCUGGAUAAGCUUCUAGUAAAGUUGUCUGGGAAGAACAUAAAAGCUGUCAUCUCUCCUCACGAUGCGAACUCCCUGAUCGGUGACUAUAGGAAGGACGCCUAUUGGGCUCGUUGGGGCGCUGGUUAUUUCUAUCAGAAGCAAGAAGCCUUCGACGCAUAUGACGCUCGUCUGUCGUACAUUCUCGACUACAAGGGCGUAUACUCUGGGAAAGUCUGGAAGAACUGGCCUCAGGCCAUUUUCAGCUUCAAUAUUCAGAACGAACCCAUGACACCUGGACCCAGUCAAUGCCAAAAUGGUGACCCUGCCAGCUGGAUGUGUGGCCGUGCUAGACACAUGCGCAAGGCAGGACUCGAGAGCCGUAUCCUGAUCUCUACUGGUGGCUUAGGCGGGGACAUUUCGCACGGAUGCACCUUUCUCCCUGCUGUCACUCAAUGCGAUGCCAUUGACGCCAUUUCCAUUCACCGCUGCGCUAGUGUGCCUGGCCAGUGGAGCGCCAACAUGCCCAACUGGAUCAAACAAGCUAAUGGGAAAAAGGUCUAUCUUGAAGAAUGGGGCAUUGACUCUCAAAAGUAUGAUCAGAAGGAAGCAUUUGUCUCUGAGGUGGCCAAUAUGAACUCUAUUGGUCUGCCUCACCUGUACUGGCAGCUUCUGCCCCCAUCCACUGGCAACUGUAAUUACGAUCCCAAACAGGACAGUGGUGAUCCAUUUGGUAUUUACACUAAUUCUGGAGUUAACUUGGCUGGCCCCAUCAAUGCUGCUACCUCGUCUGGAGCUGCGCAGGACUGGACAGGCACCCUGUAUUGA